AUGUUGCUGAAGGGGAUUGUAGCGCUGCUGCCUCUUUUGCUGCUGAGUGUUGUGCCGCGGGCCACUGUGGAAGUGCGGGACUUCGUGCCCCCCAACGUGCCCAUAACGGAGCCGAGGAAUGGCUGCUGGCGGCUGCGCCCGACGCCUGUGUACCCGCGGCUGCUGCGCGGCGAGGUGGACCUCAGCAGCAGCAGCAGCAGCAGCAGCAGCAGCAGCAGCAGCAGCAGCGGCGUUGGCGGCGGUUCUUCGUCUGUGGGGCACACAGGGGGAUAUUCGCAGGGCCAGUGCGGGCAAGGGCAGUCUGCGCAGCAGCAGCAGCAGGCGUCGCUGCUGCAGCAGCAGCAGGCGUCGCUGCAGCAGCAGCAGCAGCAGCUGCUGCUGCAGCAGCAGCAGUCGGGGGCGCGGCACACGGACGUGUGGCCAGGGGCAGUGGUGUCUGUUGCUGUUGAAGGCAGCAACUGGCAGCUGCAAGAUGCUUUGGUGUUGGAUGUGUUGACAAGUCCUUCUUGCUGCUACUUUUCCCACCGGGACGCGACGCGGUACAAGCUGCCGCACCCGAGCAGCAGCAGCAGCAGCAGCAGCAGCAGGCAGCAGCAGCAGCAGCUCGCGCUGCGCCCCAUGCAGGGCCGCAGACAGGGCCAGGGCAUCUGCGUCGUGGGAGUCAGACUCUUCUUUUUUGCUGCCAGCUGCGUCAGCAGCAGCAGCGCCUGGUGCUGCCGCUACCGCCUUAACUAUGACAUUCACCCGCAGGACUCUUUGCAUGUGCUGCUGCAGCAGCUGUGGGUGUGGGCGGUGCCGCGGGUGCUGCCGCUGCCUGCUGCGUUUGCUGCUGCUCUCGAGCGCUACCAGCAGCAGCAGCAGCAGCAGCAGCAGCAGCAGCAGCAGCACGAGCCCCAGCUGCCCCUCCUCAGCAGCCCGCGCCACCACCACCAGUCCCUCAAGCGCUCCGCCCGCUGCCGCGCCGGCUCUGCUGCUGCUGCUGCUGCAGGUGCAGCAGCAGCAGCAGCAGCGGCGGGCAGCAGCAGCGGCGCUGCUGCGGCCCCGGGCGGGGCGGGCGCGCUGCCGGCUGCGGCGAGCAGCAAGUGCGGCGCGGCCGCCGCAGCAGCCGCGGGCGCAGGAGCUGCUGCUGCUGCAGCAGCAGCAGCAGCAGCAGAUGUGGACUGGGUCUUCGAAAUGGCAGCAAGGCUGCGGCUGCAUCCAGCUGGAGUUGCUUUUUGCAGAAAUGCUGUUUUUUAUAUUCCAAUGGACUUGCAGCUGCUGCCAACAGCAUUUUCUUCUUCAACUGUGUGCAAGCGGCGGCGGGGGCGGCCGCCGCGCGCUGCUGCUGCAGCAGGUGCUGCUGCUGCUGCUGCUGCUGCUGCUGCGGCGCAGCAGGCCAGCGAAGGCGCAGCAGCAGCAGCAGCAGACUCCCACAGACAACACCAAGCCCCAAUCUUCGCCCCAGGAGUUGCUGAGCUGCUGCAGCCCGACUUGGACUUGCAUGCGCUGAUGCAGGGCCGUUGGAGUGUACGUACACUCGAGUGGGCUUUCUCCGUGCGGCGGCAUUUGCGGCAGCGCCACCUGGGCCUCUGCAGAAAGGCCAAGGACCCGCAGCAGCAGCAGCAGCAGCAGCAGCAGCAGGCUGGGGCGCAGGCCCACGCCGAGCAGCAGCAGCUGCUGCACCAGCAGCUGCUGCUGCAGCAGCAGCAGCAAGACUGCGGACUCGCCGGCACCUCGCGCAGGCUCCGGACGCCCAGGAGUCAGCUGGCAGCAGCAGCAAGCAGGACGCCCUCGGCUGCAGCAGCUGCAGCAGCGUCGCCAGCUGCUGCUGCUGCUGCUGCUGCUCCCGCAGCCUCCCCGCCGCAGCAGACUGCGCUCUCUCCCCACAGCAGCAGCAACAGCAACAGCGGCAGCAGCGGCAGCCCCGCAGGCACUGCUCUAGAACGCAGCAGCAGGCGGGAACGGUGCAGCAGAGCAGCAGCAGCAGCGGGAGGCCUUCCAGCAGCAGGAGGCGCAGCAGCAGCAGCCGCUGCUGCGCCCUCAGCAGCAGCAGCAGCAGCAGCAGCAACAGAAGAAGGAGACUUGCCGCUGCCUUUCGUAGAGGGCUGCAUUGCUUUUGACUGGUGCAGCGAAGGCAGAGACUCCGAUGCUGCAACACCUUCUACCCCGGUUGCUGCUGCUCCUGCUGCUGCUGCUGCUGCUGCUGCUGCUUUUGCCCCGCUGCCACCGGGUUCGCAAGCUGCAGCAGCAGCAGACACAGCUGCUGCUACGGUAGCCACGAAGCUGAAAGCAGCAGAGCGAAGUGCUGCAGCAUCACCAGGCCUUCUCUACCUGCAGAAGCAGCAGCAGGAAGAGCAGCAACAGCAGCAGCAACAGCAAGAGCAGCAGCAGCAGCAACAACGGCAAGAGCAGCACAAGCAGCUGCAUGAUACAGCGAUGGAGGCGCGAACCGUGCAGCAGCAAAUGCAGCAACAGCAACAGCAGCAGCAGCAGUAG